AUGAGCGCGGCAAGCACUGCGUGGGCCGCUUCGGCUCCGCGAUUAAUCAGAGCCUCGAUACAAUGCCCUCGACAUUGUAACAAUCUCGGUCGCAAACCCCAGACGAGAGAAUUUUAUUACUCCGCUACCUCCAAGAGACCUUUGGCCCAACAAUCACCUUCGAUACCUCGAUCAAGUCCGUCAACGCAGACCCGACCCUUCUCCGCAACAGCAGCUUUCCAGGCGACGAAAGAUCCUUAUGCGACGUUAGGAGUGGGAAAGAAUGCCAGUACCUCGGAAAUAAAGAAGGCCUACUAUGCAUUGGCAAAGAAAUAUCAUCCGGACACGAAUAAAGAAGCGAGCGCAAAGGAGAAAUUUACCGAUGCACAGUCAGCCUACGAAUUGUUGAACGAUCCUCAGAAGAAGGCAGCUUAUGAUCAGUUUGGGGCCGCAGCAUUUGAUCAAGGCGCCGGUUUCGAUGCCGGAGCUGCUGGCGGAAAUCCAUUUGCUGGUGGUGGCAAUCCAUUUUCCGGUUUCGGUGGAGGAGGAGGAGGAGGAGGAGGUUUUGGAGCUGAGUUCAACUUCGAGGAUUUGUUUGGUGCUUUCACUGGCGGGCGCCGCGGGGGACGAGGAAGGCGAUCUUCGCCUUUCCAAGAGGAGAUUCUGGUGGGCGAGAACAUUGAAGUCCAGACGAACAUUUCUUUUAUGGAUGCUGCGAAAGGCGUGACCAAGAACAUCACCAUCACGCCGCUUGUCCAGUGCGGCACCUGUAAAGGCAAUGGAAUGAAACAGGGUGCACAACGGCAGCAAUGCAAGUCGUGUAAUGGCACGGGUACCAGGAUACAUGUCAUGCAGCAAGGCUUCCAGAUGUCAAGUACAUGUUCUACUUGCAGCGGCACCGGAGUGACCAUACCAAGAGGCUCGGAGUGCAACACUUGUUCUGGCAACGGAGUUGUUCGGCAAAGGAAGACUGUGCAGGUCGACAUCCCAGGUGGUGUCGAGGACGGAAUGAGGUUACGUGUGUCCGGCGAAGGUGAUGCUCCUCCGACAGGCGUGUCCGCCGAUCCCAAUGCCCGAAGUCAGCGUGGAGACCUUUACGUCUUUAUUCGUGUGGCGCCAGACGCCAGAUUCAGCCGCAACGGGGCAGAUGUUCUUUACACAGCCUCAAUACCUUUGACCACCGCUAUGCUGGGAGGCGAAGUGCAAGUUCCGACACUAGAUGGAGACGUCAAGGUGAAGAUCUCGACCGGCACGGGCACCGGAGAUAGAAUCACCUUACCUGGCAUGGGUAUGCAGCGACUUGGUGGACGGGGACCUGCUUCUGGUGAUUUACGAGUUGAGUUCAAGGUCAAUAUGCCCAAGUACUUGACAGCCAACCAGAGGACAAUCCUGGAAAUGCUGGCCGAUGAGAUGGGUGACAAGACGGCAAAACGCAUUAUGAAUGUGAACCAGGAACCUACCAAGGACAGCAAACCAUCCCAGCCAUCAAACAAAGCCUCAGAUCAUAAGAACGAAGGGUUCUUGAAGUCCGCCUGGCACAAGCUUACCCACCAGCACGAUAACUUGGAGACGGAUGAGAAGGACACAGCUAGCUUAGUAUGUUGUGAAUCCAGACUCAAUUGUUCGGAUUUCACCCAAUCGCCAUUGCAUCCAUCAUAUGCACCGAUGCUAUCAUGUCCGCUCAAGCAGACGAGCGAGAUAGACUGGGUGGCCCCAUUGAAGAAUUAUAUACGCACGUCCUACGGCGAUGAUCCAGAAAAGUUCACCGAGGAGACAGCCACGUUAAACAGGCUGAGGCAGGACAUGAGAGGAGCCGGAAAUGAUUCAGCCUCAGGAAGAGACUUGCUGUACCGGUACUAUGGGCAACUUGAACUGUUAGAUCUGAGAUUCCCUGUGGACGAAAAUCACAUCAAGAUAUCCUUCACCUGGUACGACGCAUUUACACAUACCGCGACAUCCCAGUACUCCUUAGCUUUCGAGAAAGCUUCAGUCAUAUUCAACAUAUCUGCGGUCCUUUCGUGCCAUGCAGCCGCUCAAAAUCGGUCAGAGGACAAGGACCUCAAGACGGCAUAUCACUCGUUUCAGGCUUCCGCAGGCAUGUUUACCUACAUCAACGAGAACUUCUUGCAUGCGCCGUCGACCGACCUGAAUCGUGACACAGUCAAGAGCUUGAUACACAUCAUGUUAGGUCAGGCGCAAGAGAUAUUCUUGGAGAAACAGGUUCGGGAUGCGAAGAAGCCCGCUCUGCUAGCCAAACUUGCCGCGCAAGCGCAGUUUCUCUUCGGUCAGGCAAAGGAAGGGUUAGAAGCCGAGAGUGUCCGUGGGGUAUUCGAUUAUUCCUGGUUGAAGUUUAUCCAGAUCAAGGCUCUACAUCUGUCCUCACUAGCAGAAUACUACCAAGCGUUGGCAGAUGAUGAGACAAAUCAGCACGGUUCGGCGAUCGCUCGAUUGCAGCUCGCAGAGAAAUCGAGCAAGCAGGCCCUUUCGUUGGCCAAAGCAUUUCCCUCUUCUCCUGCGCCCUCCUCGACUUUGGGCGCUGACACCAGUUCGACGUCACAAAACAUAAUACGAAGGCAAUUGGAAUCGGUGCAGGAAAAGCUGGGCGCCCUUGUAAAAGACAACGACUUCAUCUAUCACCAGACAGUACCCGCCGAAGCCUCAUUAUCUCCAGUCACAAAAGUUCCCGCAGCCAAAGCCAUUCCGCUUUCAGAAUUGUAUCAAGGGCAAGACAUCCAAAGAAUAAUCGGCCCGGACCUCUUCCAGAAAAUCGUGCCGAUGUCUGUAACGGAGUCGGCCAGUAUGUACGAUGAAGAAAAGGCCAAGCUGAUUCGUUCCGAAGCCGAGAAGGUCGAGCAAGCAAACGGCGAGAUGGCGGCAAGCCUUGAUUAUCUGAAGCUCCCAGGCAGUCUGAACAUUUUAAAAGGCGGACUGGAUCAGGAGAUGGGUGUGGAUAGAGAAUUCGAGCGCUGGUGUCAGGAGAUCGCGAACCACCCGCCUUUCAACAGUGCAUUCGAACAGCUCCAGAGGGACAAGCAGACUGUCUUGGACAGUCUGUCAAAAAGCUCCAAGCAACUUGACAUGGAAGAGAGCGUGUGCGAGAAAAUGAGAUCAAAGUACGGAGCAGAUUGGACACAGCAGCCCAGUUCCAGGUUGACCUCGACCCUGAGGGCAGAUAUUCGAAGUUAUCGAGACACUGUGGACGAAGCUGGUGCUAGCGACUCGCAACUUUUGGCGACUGCCAGACAGUACGAAGGUGAUUUUGAAGAAGUGAGGAAGGCUGGUGAACAUGGCGAGUCUGAUGUCCUGUAUCAGCAAGCCUUAAUCAAAGCCGGAGCUGGGUCGAAGGGCAAAGGGCGAGAGGCUGAGGAGGGCUCACUACUCGACGAAGACUAUGGCGAGGGCGGCUUGUCCGUAGCAGAUCAGAUUGAAAGGGUCGAGGAUCUGCUACGAAAACUCAAUCUAGUCAAACGCGAGAGGACGCAAGUUCUCAAAGACCUCAAGGAGAAAGUCCAUACCGACGACAUAUCGAACGUCCUCAUUUUGAACAAAAAGGCUAUCGCCAACCAGGAAAACCAACUGUUCCAAGCCGAAUUGGAAAAAUUCCGGUCACACCAAAACCGCCUCAUUUCCACCGUCCACAAACAGUCCUCGCUGCUGAAAGAACUGACCAAGGCAUACGGUGACCUACUUCAAGAUAAGCGAGUUCGAUCAGACCAACAGAAAUACGAUGCAAUCCAGAAGCAGCGAAACAGUGUACUUAGUCGGUACAAACGGGUAUUCAGUGCUCACGAAGAUCUUGUUCAAGGUCUGAUGCGCGCCCAGAGCUUCUACAAGGAGAUGAAGGAGAGUGUCGACAGUCUGGAGAAGAACGUCGAGUCUUUCGUCAGCAACCGCAGGGCCGAAGGAGCUCAACUUCUCCAUCAAAUCGAACAAACCAAGAACACCUCAUCAAGUGGACAAGCGGCAGCGGAGCAGAAGCGAAUGCAGGAGCUGAUGAACAGGCUGUCCAUGGAGCCCAAAACAGCUUCUCCUUCGACAACAGAACCCCCUGCUCUUCCUCCCUUACCUGCACUGAACGCAACUAGAUCUCCAGCACCUGUUUCGACAUACCCUAAGAGCAAUCCCGAUCCGCGCUUCACAAUACCUCCGCGCUCCUCACCCGCACCAGUCGUACAGAAUGGAUACUCGCAUCAGCCGCAAGCACAGUCGCAACCCUCGAAUCCGUCUCCUAUCGACUCUCAACAUGCAUUUGCUCAAGGUGCCGCGACACCCUUGACUACAGGCUACAACCCAAUGGCCUACCCAGAACGAUCGGCGACAGCACCGACGCCGGGAGCCUAUCAAUCUCCCUCACCGCAUCCGCAGGUCCCUCAAUCGCAGCCUGGGUAUCAGAACUACCUGCCAUCACCUUACAACAUUCCGCAAAACUACGUGCCCCCACCACCACCGCCUGGCCCGCCCGGCGGAGGUUCUAUGACGCAAUAUCCGCCGAACCAGUCUGGCGUAUGGGCCAGUGGUCCAGGAGGAUACGCGAAUUACCAACAACCCAAUCGGUAUGCUCAGCAGCAGCCCCAGCAGCAGCAAGGGCAGCUACCUCCGCAACAGGUGCAGGGUGGAGGCCAGGCUGCGGACCCAUGGGCUGGAUUGAGUGCUUGGAAGUGA